AUGUCGGCAACGACAUCUUACAAUAACGAUAAAGUAGUGAUGGGUGAGGUGGAGUACCCGGCGAACGACCCAGCGUCUGGGGCGUUCUUCCAACCAGAUUAUAAGAAAAAUGAAGACCUGAAAGUGAUGUUAGAUGGGUCCAAAGAUUCUCUGAAACUGGAGGCUAUGAAGAGGAUCAUUGGUAUGAUUGCCAAGGGAAGAGAUGCUUCAGACCUAUUUCCAGCAGUAGUAAAGAAUGUGGUGUCAAAGAACAUAGAGGUGAAGAAGCUGGUGUAUGUGUACCUGGUGAGGUAUGCUGAGGAGCAACAGGACCUAGCUCUACUGUCCAUCAGCACCUUCCAGAGAGCUCUGAAGGACCCAAACCAGUUGAUCCGUGCCAGUGCUCUCCGAGUGCUCUCAUCAAUCCGCGUGCCAAUGAUAGUGCCUAUAGUGAUGCUGGCCAUCAGAGACUCUGCCAGCGACAUGUCGCCUUAUGUUAGGAAAACUGCUGCUCAUGCUAUACCCAAAUUGUAUAGCUUGGAUCCUGAACAAAAAGAAGAGUUGGUUUCAAUAAUAGACAAGUUACUAUCAGAUAAAGCGCCUCUCGUGGUCGGCUCGGCGGCCAUGGCGUUCUCAGAAGUGUGUGGGGAACGUAUGAGUCUCAUACAUAGGAGUUACAGGAAACUCUGCUCCUUAUUAGCUGAUGUCGACGAAUGGGGGCAGUUGACCUUGCUGAACGUGCUUACUGUAUAUGCCAAGACAUGCUUCGCGGACCCUAACAGUGAGAAGUUCUCGAGCGACAGCGACACGGACAAGCCGUUCUACGAGUCGGACAGUUCGUGCGCGGGGCGGGGCUCCCCGGCCAGCCUGGACGCCGACCACCGCCUGCUGCUGCGCGCCGCCAAGCCGCUGCUGCAGAGCAGGAACGCGGGCGUCGUGCUCGCCGUCGCGCAGCUCUUCUACCACUGCGGACCGGCUCAAGAGUUGCCACCCGUCGCCAAGGCCAUGGUUCGACUUCUGCGCGCGCCACUGGAAGUACAGAGUGUCGUACUCAACUCUAUAGCUGCACUUACUGUUACUAGAAGGGCACUCUUCGAACCAUUCUUAAAAUCAUUCUUCGUGCGCAACUCGGACCCGACUCACAUCAAACUACUAAAAUUGGAGAUUCUAACCAAUCUAGCUACGGAAGCAAGUGCUGGGGUGAUACUACGGGAAUUCCAAACGUACGUCACUUGUAGUGAUAAAACCUUCGCCGGGGCGACUAUACAGGCUAUAGGAAGACUUGCCGUGGCCAUACAUUCAGAAACUGAAACCUGUUUGAAUGGAUUACUUCAUUUGCUAUCGAGUAAAGAUGAAUGGGUGGUAUGCGAGGCAGUGGUGGUAGUGAAGCGAGUAGUGGGUGGCGGGGCGACGUCCGCGCGGGCCGCCGUGGCGCGGGCCGCUAAACUACUGCGCUCCGACAGACUGGGCGGCGCGGCGCGCGCGGCGGGCGUGUGGCUGGUGGCGGAGCACGGCGCCCGCCACGCGCGCGCCGCCGCCGUACUGGCGCACAUGGCGCGGGCCUUCGCAGACCAGGACGAGCUAGUAAAGCUACAAUUACUAUCUCUGGCAGUAAAACUGUCAAUAACCCAACCGGACACGUUGCCAAUGUGUCGAUACGUUGUCUCUCUCGCACGGUAUGACGUCAGCUAUGACGUCAGAGACCGCGCGCGAAUGCUUCGUCGGUUCAUUGAACCCCAGGCCGGCAAACAAUUGAAUAACUAUGUCGCUGAAAUAUUCUUGCCUGAGAAACCGAAGCCUGAUAUCCAGAGCAGUUUUAAAGACCGCGGUACGUUCACGGUAGGCUCCCUGUCCCAGUACAUAGGCACGGCGGCGGCCGGCUACAGGCCGCUGCCGCCCGCGCCGCGCGCUACUGUCGCCGCUCAGCUGAGAGAACAGUCCACCGGGAACCUUGAUACACAUCCUGAUAACCAUGAUGAUACACAGAAAAACAAGAGUUUCUACUCGGAGCCGGAGAGCAGUGGGUCAGGGUCUGGUUCCUCCUCCUCCAGCAGUAGCAGUUCCGAGGACUCUUCUGAAGAGGAAGAGAGCAAUGCAGAAGAGAAGAAACAAGAGAAGCCAGCGAAAGAAACGAAUAACUAUAGGUCAAGGUCAUCGAACUCGGGCACAUCGGAUAGUGAAUCGGACAGCGAUUCGGAAAGCGGAUCGGACAGUGAAUCUGACGGCUCGUCCGAAUCGGCAGAUAGCAGUGAGGAUGAAACUCCUAAGAAAAACGAAGUUAGUCGCGACAAAAAGCAAAACGCUCAACCCGCACCACCGAAAGAAGAACCGAAGAAAAACGAGAAAUCAAACUUGGAACUAUUGUUAGAGUUAGACGAGGUAGCGAGCUCGUUACCCACUAUGACGCCCACUUGUGGGGGAUUCUUGUCACCACCCAGCUUAGCACCACAGGGAAGUGGGGAUGCGGACAGUAUAACCCCGGUGGGUCCGUCGCUGACGCCGACCGCGGCGGUGGAGGUGGUGUCCCGCGUGGUGUGGGGCGGGGUGUCUGCGCGCGCGCGCUGGAGCCGCGCCCCGCACCUGUACUCGCACGCCAUGUGCGCGCUCGACCUCGUCUUCACCAACCACAGCAACAACGAGGUCACUAAUAUCAGGAUGCAUAAGAAGACGCUGACUGGUUCCCGCAACAUCCACGACUUCUCCCCCAUACAGAUGCUGGUACCCAACGGCUCCGUCACCGUCAUGCUCGGCGUAGACUUCGCAGACACUAUACAACCCAUCGAGUUUACUAUCAACAGCUCAAUAGGUGAAGUGCCAAUAUCAAUUACUCCCCCGGUGGGGGAACUGAUGCGAGCAGUGACUAUGUCGCAGACGCGGUGGGACUCCGAACACAAGAAGCUUAGAGGGAUGACUGAGUGUGACAAGAAAGCGGUGAAAGUAGAAGACGAACAAUUAAUCUGUAAGCGAGUCUUCGAGACCGCCAACGUCGCUGCCAUCACUUCCACUGGAGACUUCCUCAGGUUCGCAGGUCGUAUGAUGUCCUCUCAAGACUUGGUCCUCCUGUCAGUGAGGAGUGAGGAGACUCACUCCAGGGUCACUGCCAACUGCUCCAACAUGGCCAUCGCAUCGCUACUUGCCAAUGAAGUCGCUCAAGCACUAGGAAGGACCUAA